AAACAGUUCAAACAGUAACCAAGUGCUAAAAGAUGACUAUGCUGCUGGAUAUCUGGAAGCAGUGCUCCUCUUUGGCCAUGUUCUGAAGAUGUUUCUUAAGACACAAGAUAUCAGUACCAACUUCAGCUUCAUAGAUCAAUUUCGGAACAUCUCUAUUGAAGGUGCUUCAGGCCCAAUAGUACUGGAUGAGAUGGGUGAUCGAGACCUAAAUCUAACUAUCCUCUACAGUUCUGUGGCAACUAAUAAAUAUACAGAACUUCUUUGGUUUGACACCAGCACCAAUGCAACAACUGUAGUGGAUUUACGCCCUUCAUUUACAUGGAAAAAUCACAGACUUCCAAGUGAUGUGCCUGGGAGUGGUCCUAACAUCAUGACAAUUGCAGUCUUCACUCUGGCAAUUGCUAUAAUACUUAUUCUCAUCACUGCACUUCUUGUAUUUCGAUUCAAAUUUCUACUUGGCGCCACCCCUCCUAAGCCAUUUGAUUGGCCUAUCAGUGAAGUCAAAAGGGAGUAG